GCGUCGUGGCUCCGCGCUGCGUGCAUCUCUGAGGGUCACGUGGCUACUAGCGUGCUGCUGCCUCUCGCACGCUGCCCGGGGUCCCAUCCGCUCCCUCCACACCUGAACUUGUUGACAGUCACACCACAAGGGUAAAAUAACUGGUAACGAGCAUUAAGCCAGGCUAGCGCGGUGGCUCUUAUUGGGGCUACACUUCUUGUUCGUCGUCUACUCCUUGAUAUUUCAACUACUGAAUGUUUUGGCUCCAAGACACACCCCAAGGACGCCUCUGGUAUACAUGCCCCGAAAGGUUCUGUGAUCUGCGUCGGCGUUGAACAGAGGGCAGGAAAGCUUAUACAGAGGAUGCUUUCGGUGGUGGCAGGACGUCCAGCAGUUCCCUCCUUGCCAUGAGGGAACGAUGGUAACUGGCCAAGGAAACUUGGCUGUCGGGUAUGAAAGAGCAGGGUCGUUUUUGGGAUCGCAGAGGCUGAGGUAAUAUACGAAAUCUCAGUACGAGGGAUUAAGUCCGCCGUGGAUUAGUGGUGACGGUGGUGGAAGAUCUUGGUAAAAUCGCUAAUGUGGCGUGACUCAGCCCACACCCUCUUGGCGUCGCGGCUUCACUUCUUGAUGGCUUAGUAUUGAGUGAGAGUGUGAAUGUUUCUCCUCUUGAAACUUUGAACAAUAUCUGAAAGUUGGUCUUACAAAACUCGUAUAUAUAUGGUGAAUUUUAAUAAAUAACUAUCAACUUUGCCAACAAACUUUGUAUCGAAUAAUUCGAAUAGAAAAGGUUAUCGAGAGACGAAUACAACGUCUUCUCAGCCCUUGUGCCAAACAGUGACGUGACGCAGCAGGCUACGCCCGGCGCGUGGCGGUUACAGCCUCCAGGUGAGCGUCAGUUUCUGAGGGCGGAUGGCAUCAGAUAUGGAUCACUGAACUUUAGCACCUCAGACAAGAUGAGGCGUAGAUAAAAGCGGUGCGGAAAUUGUCCGCUGAGGUGCUGGUGACUGGGUCGGAGUAAACUUAGUGAAGACUAGCGACUUCUGGGCCGUCGCGACCCUGUGUCUCUACCACGAGUACCGGUGGUGAGUCGUGGCAAUUGGCAUCAACAUCAAACAAGAACUUCAGAGUAUUCCAUCGGGUUCUUCAGGAUGGAAGCUCGCACGUCUUACCUGCUACUGUUCCUGCUGCUGACACAGGCGCCGCAGGGCGAGGGCCUCAGCAUCUUGGAGACGAUCAUCCCAGUGUACAAGAUUAGAGGGGAGAACGCUGAGCUGUACUGCCACUAUGACGUGGAGGGCGAGGUGUUGUACUCAGUCAAGUGGUACAAGGACGACGAAGAAUUUUACCGCUACAUGCCGGGCACCUCGUCCUCUCUUUCAACUACCUCGCCGCAGUCCAUCUUCCCCCGUCCCGGCAUCUACGUGGACUCUUCCAAGAGCAACGCCUCCCGAGUGGUGCUGACAGACCUAGAUUUCAGGACCUCAGGACUCUAUCGCUGCGAGGUUUCCGUCGAGAACACCUUCAAUACACUCAACAGAUUCGGACGCAUGCUAGUUGUCGAGCUGCCCACAUCGGAGCCUCAGAUCGGCGGCGUGCGGGACAAGUACGUGAGCGGUGAGGUGCUGGAAGCCAACUGCACGGCGGGAAGAUCUCACCCCGCCGCCACUCUAACUUGGCACGUCAACAACAAGGAGGUCCCGAGGAAGUACACGCAUGCGUAUGCUCCGGUGCUGCACGUGGAUCAGCUGGAGACAUCCAUCCUCGGGCUGAGACUCUUGCUGGAAGACCAUCACUUUACAGACGGCGUCAUCCUCCUGCGCUGCACCGCCACCGUCGCUGCCCUGGACACCCGCUCCGACCAGGACUUCUUGCAAAUGGAGUCCCGCCCAGUAGAGCCUCUUGUGCUGGCACAGAGAAACUCCCAGGUUUAUGUUAAUGGGUGUGGCGGGCUCGGCGCGUGUUCCUUGUUCCUGUUGCUGGGGAGCUGCGUCGUGGGACCCGCUGCCCGGUGGGCGGUGCUGGCGGACUGACGCGGCAGCUUCCUCGUCAUGCUGGAGCGGUUGAUGGCAGUGUCAAGUCCUUUAACACCAAUCAUCCCCUGUUUGCUGCCACCUUCCGCAGAUUACAGAUAGAAACCUUAUCGCGUUCUUCUGCGUUGAGGGAUUCCAAGCGCCGCUGGAAGACGGCUAGUGCAUCUGAAACUGUUCGGCCUCCCAAGACUCUCAGAAUUGGAGGCAAUGGCGAAAAAUAUUUUGCUUCUGAUCUGCUCAGUGAUGCUGGACACACCACUGAGGUGUUCCUUAAAGUUGCAGUCACCCAUGUGAAGCACAGUGGAGGUCUGUAUGUGGGCAGCACCUGUGUUGAUGGAUACGCUAUUAUUUAAACCAUGAAGCAGCGUGUUUAGGUAGAUCACCACAUAAAAAAACGUUGAUAAAAUCUGUGGAACGAAAGAGAAAAAGAAAAGAAUUCUGAAGAUGGUAAACGGCAGCACAUGCGAUGAGCCUCUGACGAUUGCUGCUGCUCUCCUGGGGCGGCGAGGACGCUGUGCUCCUGUCUGCCAAACUCUGGUGAAGUUCCAAAGAACUCAACUUCUGCUGCUGGCUGGUUGACUAUUGUAGCAGGACAGUUAUCAGUAUAUCAUCAUCAUCAGCAGCAGCAGAACACUCGAUUAGCCAAAUCACGACUACUGAAUUCAUUUUCCCACGUCUACAUCUGUUAUCUCAUUGUGAUAGAGCUAAAAGAUAUUUAUUUUAUUGAUAAUUGGCAGCCUUAUUGUUCCAUGUUGUGCCGAAGCGUUGCGGCCGCAUCUGGCACGGCGCCACACCCUCACCACGCCCGCCAGGAUGUUGUCGUUAACGCCGCCUUCCCCUUUUACGUACAGACGCGAGUGAAUUAUUGUUUUAAUGCUGUGAGCUUUAUUACAUGAACACUACAACAUAGUGUCGCGGCGGGCAGCGGAGUGCGGUGGAGUCUUACUAGACCCUUCCGCUCCCCGCCACGUGUUGCACCGCGCCCAGUAACCUCGCCAGUGUCAACUCUGCGAUCUACACCCUAGUGAGUCUGUGACAAUUUGUGUUGGUGUUGUUGUACAAGCGCUGGUCGUGGCGCCUCCGUUACCGUGGGAAAGAAUCUCAGCUGGCGGCAGCAACGUUCCCGCGUCGCCUUAGAUCAGCUAUGGGGGAAUUAUUAUCAAGGAACAAGAAUCACGCUUGAGAAAUGUUGAAUUACGGCAUCAGAGCUGGAGUUACGAAGAAAUAGUCAAUCCCGUGUAUUGGCCAGUGUAAGGGGGGCAUGAGUAGUAAGGCCGCGAGGCAGCGGCGGGUCCCCUAUACCCUGUCAAGGAUAAUCAGCGAGCCGCCACGAGUGCUUGUAGACACAUACUAUUUUUGAAGCUUUAAACAUUCAUGCGUUGCCGCCAACAAGCCAUUCCCGCUAUUAUAGACAUUAGCUAGUGGUGAGCCUCUUCCUUUCCUUCCCCAAUGGAGCGGCGUCCUGUUCCACGAAUGGGUCAGCUCCCUCCAUCCUCCUUCACUCUGGCAGAUGCUGUGACUAUAGCUACUUGUACAGAACCUGUAUGUUGGUAUGCCUGUGUAUUUACACAACUAAAUUCUAUGUACCGAGGUACCUUCUGUCGUUGGUCGUAGAUGACGUACUUUAGUCAUACAGUUAUUCUGUAAUCGAUUCAUAUCGUUCGUAUACGUGUAUAUAUAUAUAUAUAUAUAUAUAUAUAUAUAUAUAUAUAUAUAUAUAUAUAUAUAUAUAUAUAUAUAUAUAACUACAUUCUUCGUUAUUUACAUGUUGAAAUCGAAAGGGAGCUUUUAUUUAUGUCCCGUGGAAAACAAACCUGGCUUGCCGACGAUGCCGUGAUAGCGGUAGCGGCGGCGACCGUCACUUGCUGCUUUCCUGGUCUUGACCUCCUAAGGUGCGGUGCAGGAGGAAGUCCCGGUGACGCAGACACCACGGCUGUAUGGAGGCAGGAAGGGUAGGAUUGAGUUGUCUCUCAUCAGUGAUGCAGGAGAGAAACUCCCAUUUAUCACCUGAUAGCAUGUGUCCGAUUGAAGCACCGCGGGCGCUGCCGCUGCUGCUUCUCAUGCCUCUCCUCGGCAUGUGACUGACACUAAACAGCUUCGCCUACCUCGCUGUGGCGUGCGUGGCGAGGACCGGGUGCAAGGGUGCUCUUUGUUGGCAAUGCUUGUUCUGAUUGACACACACACACACACACACACACACACACACACACACACAGAUCAUCAAGAGAAGAAGAGAUCAUUCAGGGACAGAAAAAUGAACAGUCAAUACGUGUUGUAAAUGAGCACCUUAAAAUGUUGCUAAUUAAAGGAAAAAUUUAUAGUUA